AUGGUGCUGUCCGACUUCUUGACGGAAACCAGGCGGAAGUGGCUUAAGGCCUUCAAAAUUUUCAAAGGCAAAAAGAAGACGAACAACCGCAUCUCCCCCGAAACAACCAGGUGUUCGAGCGGUACAGUAGAUGCAAGAUCAGAUAUAGACGUGAAUUUCUGCGGCUGUCGUAAGAAUUUACCUCUCCACCUCUCCGAGGACGAGACCACGUCAGAAUACCACAGUUAUGAUAGUGUCAGUAGUAACCAAACUAGUCUUCGUAGCUAUGCCAGGUCAGUCUCAAAUAGUGAUUCAGCGUACGACUCAACCCGAAGCAGCCCCGCCCAGACCAGACCUAUGUACUACGCUACAGUGACAUACUUAAAUGUCAACGACUCCGAAGACAGUUCCAGUAUCCACACAGAGUGUACGCUGCUAGAUUACGAAGACACAGAGGAAGAUGAGAAGGCACAAAAUAUUAUUAAUGAGAGUAUCGAAUUUAUUGGCACUUUAUGA